AUGACGAUUUUUUUUUACACUGAUGCUAAUAAACUUGCUUUUGCAGAUGUUAAAUCAAGUUACAAAAGGACGAAUGCACUCCCUAAAGUGAAUAAAAUUAAGGAACUCACAGAAGAUGAAUUGAAUUUGGAACCUUUGUGCAAAAACGUAGAAAUCUUUUCUCAUAAGAAAAAAAAAGAACUUGUUAGUUGCAAAUACAAAGAUAUCUCAAAGAAAUUCAGGCAGGAAUGUGAUACUGAAAAGAUAUUAUAUGGACUUGAUGAUAUAGAAGGAGAAAGUGAUAUCAUCAUAGUAGAGGGUGAAAUGGACAAACUUGCAAUGGAAGAAGUUGGUUUUAGAAACUGUGUGAGUGUUCCUGAUGGAGCUCCUCCAAAGAGUGAUCAUUCUCCAAGAGGAGGUUCUUACAUUUACCUUUGUGAUAUCAGGGACAAAUAA